AUGAGUACCACGAUCCAACUCGCGAGCCUGACGCCCCACUCGUCGUCCGCAACGACACAGGAAAGUAUCCUGGGGGACGAUGAAACUUCUCCCGACAAGGAACUGCAGACCGUCUGGUGUCUGGGCUUGCCGCUGGACAAGACUCUGGACGAGCUAUUCGAUGUGGGCAACUCUAUGACACCGGCAGUGGACCACGAACUAGCAGCUGCGUACAGCGCGGGGCUGUGGACGCUCUGCCCAUCGCCAGCGGAUGUUGCUGUCAUUAACGAAUGCGUGGCGUACAAUGCCCCACUGCGGGACGCCUCGCAGCGGAAGAACAUCCUCGACCUGCUGAAACAGCGCGACUACGAGUACCGAAUGGUCCCACUCCCGGAGUUGGCGCCCUUCCGUCCCAACUGCCCGUUGCCCAAAGACAUCUACCAGGGAGAAGAGCUGAUCCGCAAGGACUGGGCUGUGGAUGCUUUGCCUCUGAUCUCAGUCCGGGCGGCGGUGCAUCCGGCAUUUGCGAUCAUCCACGCAGACUGCUGGUUACACUGGGCGGCGCCUCCAAUUCAGACAUGUCUCGACGACGAAGUGACCGACUUAAUAUACUCACAAUGGAACGUUCGCACCUCCAGUCCGCCUACUCUGGAAGAAUACGAGGCUGCAAAUGACGACGAUGAUUAG